AUGCCCGUGAAUGCUACCAGUACAGCGACGUCACAGGCCCGCGGAGCAACGCGCUCCUCUUUGGCUUGUCUGCCAUGCCGCUCACGCCAUCUGAAAUGCGAUGCCACACGACCACAUUGCAACCGUUGUCUCGAGGUCGCAAGAGACUGCCACUAUGCCCCGUCACGUCGAGGUGGACUGGAUCGUGCCGCGCUAGCAGAGAGGCGCAAACGGCUCGCAGCGGCGGAAACCAUCACCCCCGACUCCACGCACGACGGCCCUCCGCAAAUAACGCCCGUGGUUCGACCGCAUCGGGAAUCAACGUCUCGACUUGUGGAAAUGCAAAAUACUUCCAAUGACUUGAUUAUACCGGAUGGCACUGGAUUGAAUAAUGAAACUUCUACUCCGAUGUCACCACGAACACCUCGGACCCAGAUUGAAGACGUUGAGACAGAUCCUCUGGUUACCUCGUACUAUAGAAACUUUCACAAGUUUCACCCAUUUCUUCCGCCUCGGAAGACCUUUACACAUGUUUACAAUGAUCCGGCCAAACUGUUUGAUCUUACACCACUUAUCGCUGUUAUGCGCCUGGUUGGACACAUAUACGCCGCUCAAGAAUGGUCUGUCCAGCUAAAGGACCACGCUGAGGCCUGCAUUUCGCAGACGCAACCAACAGACCCUGUACUUGUUCAGUGCCGUCUGUUGUACUCUGUUGUGUUGUUCUGGCAUAGCUACAAGACAGAAGCCAAUUGCCAGAUGAAAUCUGCAGUGAAGCUCGCCCUUGACCUGGAAAUGUACCGGCAAGAAUUUGCCAACGAUCACGGUGCUGGAAAUCCCGUGUUGGCAGAGUGUUGGAGGCGGACAUGGUGGAUGUUAUAUAUUGUGGACGCCUACUACGCAGGGACGUUGGGAACAAUGAACUUUGCCGUUGUGGAUAUCGACGCGACCGUUGAUCUCCCGUGCGAGGAGCUCGAGUAUGAGUCAGGACGAAUUCCAGUCUCGAAGUCCCUAGCAGACUUUGACUGCCGGGAGUUCGCCCCUGAGGGCUCCUCGUUUUCCUCGUUCGCAUACCUGAUCGGUGCAGUCAGGUGUGCAGCAUUGGCGAUAUCAACCUCGCCCAAGAUUGCAGCCAAAGAGGACUCAGUGGGUAUGAUUCAGUCCGCUGACUCCAUCAUUGACGCAUGGUCACUCUUGCUUCCGAAAGACCGCAAACUGGUUAUGACGAAGACCGGAGACAUCGACGAGCUCAUGUUUCAAGCACACCUGCUCAUUCAUGUAGCCACGAUCGGUCUGCAUAGGCCGCUGUCUGAUCUCAAAUUUAACCCCGUUGAGGAUGUCUCAAGCUGCGCAAGAGAGCCGCCUCCGGAUAAUCCCACACCGGAUCUCAUCAACGUACACACAGUCCGUGUACUAAAGUCAGUGGAAGCACAAAUACGUCUCCUGGCAUUACCAGCUCGACCGUUCCAUCACACUCCCUUUGUUACCUGCAUGGUCAGCGAAGGGACACUGGCCCUGCUCUCAGCCUGCGCCUUCCAGCUAAGCGGGAAAGAGUUGGCGAUUGCCAGAGAUCAGAUCCGAAUGACUAUCGGUUGCCUCAAAGACUUAGGCGAGUUCUGGCCGAGGACUGCAAGCAAUGUAAAUGAAAUACAGACUAUUGCUCGUCAUGUGCUGAGGCUCGGUGGCUCCAAACCCCCCACCAGUAGCAAUACGCGCAAGUCGAGCGAUGUACCGAGCCUCUCAGGUGCUGAAAGUCUUGAAAGUCUCGAAUCUGCAGCUGAAGCUUCUAGUAGUUCUGACAGUCUCCUGGGAUCUUUGGGGUCGAUGGAAGAUGUCUGUGGGUGGUACAAUCUGAGCGAUCUAGGCCCUGAACUAGAGCAGUGGAUGGGCAAUGAGCUAUGA